AGUUGCCCUGGCUCUAGAGACCUAUUGGAAGAAAACUUGGUAUUGAACACCAUCGCCAUGAAGUGCUGGGAAAAGGAAUUAAAAAUGCCCCGUGUGUUGAAGGACAGCCUCCGACACGAUCACAAUGUGUCUGGCCUGUACAUGGUAUGGGCAGUACCCACACAUGGUACAAAAUGGAAGUGCAUGAAGGAGUGAUUCAGCCAAAAUUAUCCUCCACAGAAGCUGAACAGCAUUUGCAGACAACAGGGAUAUCUGCACCAAGCAGUCCAGGUACAAGGGUUCUGGCAGACAUGGCAUCUUGCAGUGCCACCUUCUCAGCCGAGGUCCAAAAUGAGAAGGCACAGGCAGCAAGCCUGCAGGAGAUUCUACACAGUGAUGGCAGGUUUUUCCUCAAGCUUGUGCUUUAUUUUAUUAAAAAAGAGGUGAAGCUACAACACUGGUAGCCUUUUCUUUGAAGAUCCUUAAUACGUGCUUCCAAUGAACUUAAAACAAAAAUUCCUGGGGAAGAUGGAGAGGCAAGGAUUUCAACCUUACCUUCCUGGACUUUUACAUGGAUGGAGUGGACGGACCAGCCCUUCCUACUCUCAGUGUCUGCAAACAGAACAAAACUUUUAUUGUCUGUUGUGACAUCUGGAGGCCUUUCUGCCCUUGCUAGAUGGAUAUUUUUUACUUUCGUCUUUUGUGAGGCCAGACAGCCCUAGGGAGAGAGACUGAGAUGACUGUUGUGCACUGAGAACAUGUCAAUAAGUUCCUUGUCUUAUUGCAUGAAGCACAGACUCCAUUGAUAAUGUCAAGAGGACUUCAGGAACAAGCAAGGAUGGCUGAACCCAUUGAGAGCUUGUACAGUCAAUACCAAAGAACAGAAAAUGCAAAUGGCAUUGAAGAACUUGGAAGAUGUUUUCACAACAGUGAAUUUCUAAAAGCACCCCAGUAGAAAAGUGCACCCCUAGCAUGACCUCUUUAAUGAUAAACUUUAGAUGAAACAAAAUAAGUUUUAUCAGCACAUUGCAAGUUUCUUAACCACUCUUGGCUGCUGCAGUUAUUUGAGAUAAGCAUGGAGAGCGAAGUCUGGAAAGGGGAAGAUGCCCCCAGGACCAAUUCCCCUUCCCAUCCUAGGUAACGUGCUGCAGGUGAAACCAAAGAACAUGGCUGAAACCCUCCAAAAGCUCAGUGAAGAGUAUGGACCAGUGUUCACAGUGCACCUGGGCUCUGACCCAGUGGUGGUCCUGCAUGGACAUGAUGUGGUGAAAGAAGCCUUGGUUGAUCGUGCAGAUGAGUUUGCUGGCAGAGGACACAUGCCAAUAGGAGACAGGGCUAACAAUGGAUUAGGGAUUGUUUUUAGCAACAAUGAGGAGUGGUUGCAAGCCCGGCGGUUUGCUCUCAGUGCUCUGCGCAACUUUGGAAUGGGGAAGAGGAGCAUUGAAGAGAGAAUCAAGGAGGAAAUUGAGUACUUUCUGGAAGAGAUUGACAAAACAAAGGGAACACCUUUCGACCCAACCUUUAUUCUGAGCUGUGCUAUCUCCAAUGUCAUAUGCUCCAUUGUCUUUGGGAAACGAUAUGAUUAUAAAGACAAGAAGUUCCUGGCCCUGAUGAACAACAUGAACAACAUCUUUGAGAUGACAAGUUCUCGCUGGGGACAGCUCUACCAGAUGUUCUCAAACAUUUUGGUUUACUUGCCUGGCCCACACAACACCAUAUUCAAAGAAUUUGAUUCUGUAAAAGCCUUUGUGUCAGAGGAAGUGAAAAUACACCAAGCCUCCCUAGAUCCCACUUCCCCUCACGAUUUCAUCGACCUCUACCUCAACAAAAUGCAGGAGGAGAAAGACCAUCCCAAUUCCACUUUCCACAUCAAGAACCUGAUAACCACCGCCUUCGACUUGUUCAUUGCUGGAACUGAGACAACUAGCACCACCAUAAGAUACGGGCUUCUGCUUCUUCUUAAACACCCGAAGAUACAAGAGAAAGUUCAAGAAGAGAUUGACCAGGUAGUAGGACGAUCACGAAGACCUUGUGUGGCUGACAGGAGCCAGAUGCCCUACACAGAUGCAGUGAUCCAUGAAAUCCAGCGCUUCAUCUCCCUCAUCCCUAUAGGUCUUCCUCACACUGUGACUAAAGACACACACUUCAGAGAGUACAUCAUUCCAAAGGGCACUACGAUUUUUCCCAUCCUCAAUUCUGUCCUCCGUGACAGUAAAGAGUUUCCAAACCCAAAUGAGUUCAACCCUGGACAUUUCUUGAAUGCAAAUGGCACCUUUAGGAAGAGUGAGUUCUUCAUGCCCUUCUCAGCAGGGAAGCGAAUAUGCCCUGGAGAGGGCCUGGCACGCAUGGAGAUAUUCUUAUUCAUGACCACCAUUUUGCAGAACUUUACCUUGAAGCCUACUGUAAACCCCCAGGAAAUCAACAUAAUUCCAGUGGUGAGUGGGACAAGCAACAUACCUCCUGCCUACCAGCUCUGUGCUAUCCCCCGUUGAAAAGCACAGAACCAUUCUCUGCAGUGUCCUGAACCUGACCACUCCUUCUCCUGGGUAGAAAAUUACCCCAGCUGAAACCAGGACACGUGUCCCUUAAUAAAAACAAUUGCAGGAGCAUUGGCCCACCUUUCCAAGGCCUCCAAGAAAGCAGCCCAAACACAAGUACAUACACAGUAGACACCUUCAAAGCCUCCCAGAACUGCUCAGGGAGGCCUUGGGUGCCAUUGUAGCCUGUUGCACUGAUACACUGUCCAUGGGCUCAUUGAGUGCAGUGGCUACAUCACACAGCUGAUUUUCUCACAAACAGCUCUCUUGACUGGCCAUGACAUGUUUCUCCUUCAGCAUGGGUCCCCCAAAAAGCAGCAUGCUUUGCAGGUGGAUACCACUGUAUGUGUCUUUGUU